UUUAUCAAUAAAAUUAGAGGUUAUGUUGAAAAUCUUGUUUCAACAUUUGUAUAAUCGAUAUUCGAUACAAUUUUUCUCCGGCAAAAUAUGACUGAAAACAAGCAAACGUUGGAAAGUAAUCCGCGCGCCUAUUUGGAGCAAUAUAUCUUGUCUUUGCAAAGUGAUUCUAAAGCAGUCAGAAGGCGUGCAUUGGUAAACAUAAAUGAUGAAAUAUUUGAAAACUCAAGCAAUUCAGGAUGUGAUCUGGCUGUGGUUUUUCCAGACAUAUACGCGUACAUACUAAAAAGCUUUUCAGAUGAGUCAGAAUCAUGUAGGGAAACGGCGAUAUCGAUUGUUUCGAAUUUCAUAGAUCGCCUGCCACUAAAUGAUUAUUAUCUUACGUACAUACUUCCUGUGAUCGUACGUCGAAUAGGGUGUCCCGAAAUAGUCGAAGAGUCUGAGGAAAUUCGAUUAGUGCUCAUACAACUUGUGCACAAAAUAAUAGUGAAAUAUAAGGGGACGAACUACCUGACACCAUUUCUAAAUGAUUUUACAAGCAUUUUGACUAAAACCAGCACGGAUCCGUUUCCGAAAGUGAAAAUCGAGGCUUGUGAAUGCAUAAUCAUGCUGUCUAAAUCUAUGCCAAGGGAUUUCCACUUUCAAGCAGAAAGUUUUGUCAAACCUGUAUUAUCAAACUUUCCUCAUCAACAUUUCAGAGUGAGGGUCGCAGCUGUAAGGGCUAUAGGAGCUAUAGUAAUGGCAGGCAACUACAAAUGUUUUGAGCUGUCCAUAACACCAAUGGCGGAGAAGCUCUUUGAUGAGAACACACAAGUCAGGCUGCAGGUGACCAUGGAGGUUGGCAACUGGAUGCUGAGCUACCGAGAUAGAUAUUCAUUCUGGCAUAAAAUGAUACCAUUAUUGUUGACUAGCUUGAGUGAUGUAAUGGCAGAUGUAAGAGUGGCAGCAACUAAUCUCUGGAAUGACAUUGGGCUUCAAUAUAUGGAGGAGAAUGAGGAAGAUUUGAAGAAGAAAACAGAUUUCCUCAAAGAUGUGCCCUCACACUACCCUGAUGUGAAGAGACCAAAUUUAGGAUGCAGGGCCUUGGUACAAAGCAAUAUUGGCAAGAUAGUUCCUGCUAUUGGAAGAGAGAUGGACGGGUGGCAAGCCGACGCUCGUCUUCGCUCCGCGCAGCUGCUGUGCUGGCUGCUGCUGUGUGCGGAAGAAGGCAGCACGCAGCACUCCAGUGCUAUUACCAGGAUUCUGUUGCGCGGCGCUGCUGAUGAUGACGAGCGCGUUGUGCAAGAGAUCAAACGCGCCUCGGAGCUGUUCGGGUAUUUCAUCACCCCAGAUGUUUGGUGGCCGUUACUGAAGGCCGAGCUGGACUCGUGGUGUUGUUUCUUCGUGGUGGCCAAUAUCAUCACCGGCUCAAGAGCUGAUCAGCUGCAGGAGGUCAUGAGUCAGCUGUGCAAGGAACUGGCUGAUCCAGACAGAUGUAGGACGAGAAAGCUGAAAUACCAACGCAACUUGAUACAUGUGAGCGAAUCUCUCAUGGACGUAUGCGCGGCGGCGGUGUCCGCGGUCGCCGAGCAGUUGUUCAUCAUCAACUUUACUGUGUAUGCUAUGCCCAGUGAUGAGAAGAUACAGUUUAUGGCUUUCGGCAACUUGGACAAGCUGCGCCAUAUAACAGGGUGUGGUCUGAGUAUAAGCGCUCUAUACGAGAGACAUAUACACCGCGUGCUGUCCGCUAUAACCAGUGAGCCGCUCACAUGGACGCUGCUCACUCCCGACUGCGCUCUGCUGGACUGUGUUAUGUUGCACUCAGGUUCUGCUUUAGGCUCCCAGCUGCAUCUGCUAGCUCCCCUCCUAAAAGAGACGCUCGGGACACCGAAGGUGGAUCCAGAAGUCAAGCUGAAGAUAUUCACGGCUCUGUCCACGGUGUUGCUGCAGCGACAGAAGAACUUCAGUAAAUGCGAUCAAGACAAGUUGGAGGCGUUCUUGAAUAUUGUUAUAAAGGAGGUGAUCCUGCCCAACCUGGUGUGGACACCGGGUCGCACGGCGGAGGCGACGCGCACGGCCGCGGUGGCGUGUCUGUGCGCCGCGCUGCAGGAUGACGUCACACAAGAUGGCGGCGGUGAUACGCAGGGGGAGGUUGUGAACCUAUUCCCCAGUAAGGAGAGUCUAGAGCCGUUUUUGGACGAGAUGGUCCCUCUGCUGGUGGGACUGGUCGACGACAACUCGUCACUAACGCGCCAACACACACUCCGAGCUAUAUGCAGCUUGGCCGAGCUCGCUCACAAGUGGGAAUGCUUUACCGCUGAUAUGCUACAUAAGCUGUACUUUGUGGUUCUCAAGCGUCUCGACGACUGUACGCCCGCGGUGCGGUCGAGCGCGGCGCGCACGCUACCCGUGCUAUACUCGCGCCGCCCCCGCGACUACGACACGUGCGUGUUCGCCGCGCACGUCGACGCGCUCUACGCCGCCAUGUUGGUGCAUUUGGACGACGUGGAUGAGACGUUUAGAGGAGAGAUGCUAGAGGCUCUCCUCAAAGUGAGUGACGUUGACCCAAGACUCCUGAUGAAGAAAGUGACGGCGAAUAUACAUUUGUACAGAAAUAAAGCGGCGUACGAAAAGUUGAAGAAACACUUAGAAACCAUCAUAAGUUGAACGGGGACUAUUUUGCAGGAGUUGUUAACUUGUUCUUAAACACACCUUUUUCUUUUCACGUUUUGUGUGAUCUUGCAUUGUAACUUAUAAUGUGAUUUUAUGCGGAUGAUUAGCUAUGCUCCAAACCCCGAGGCGAAACCAGAAUGACAAAAUGGUGUAUGAUCUGAUAACUGACCUCGUAGUUUCGAAGAUUAGAAUAGUUCAUUAUUUCAUGUAGUCAUCUCAUUUAGUUUAUGAUGUAAUAUGCUAGAAGUUGAUUUGUAGGCAGAUGGCGGACCUACCUAAUUUCGUCGCGUUA